AUGGGACGAACAAAGGACAUGAAGAAGUCCUUAAAAUUGGUGAAAGACAAUGGAGAGUCCUCAAACACGCUAGGGGACUACACGGGCGUGGGAACUGUGACAUUUUAUCUUAACAAAAAAGGGAAAACAACGGAGAAGUAUUACGGAAAUAUCUUCCAAGGAAAAAAACACGGAUAUGGUGAGUAUAACUACCAGAAUGGAGAUUUUUACCAAGGGCUGUAUGAGCACGGCAAGAAGAACGGUAUCGGCACUUAUUUUUACAACAUGAACGACAGGCAGGAAAGAGGCAUAUGGAGAGGGGGGAAGGGAACAGACCAUGAGAGUAGUGAGGAGGAGGACAGCAGCGACGAUGAGAAGAGGGACGAAGAGAACAGCGAUGAUGAAAAGGAAAACGACGAACAGGACGAUGAGCAAAAUGAGAAAAAUGGAAAAGACGCGGAUAGUGAGAAGGACACAAGUGAGGAGGAAGGUGAAAAUGACCAAAAUGGAAGCGAUCAAAGUGGAGACUCCACAAGUGGAGCAGACAAAAGCGAAGGUGACGCUGAACAGAGCGACCGGAAUGAACAAGACAAGGAGAAGAGCGCAAAUAUGGAUGGCUAUCAAAAUACUAAGAAGGGGAAUAAAGCAGCUGAUAAUGAAAAAAAAGCCUCUAAAAAGUUGCUACAUCUUAUGCAAAAAUGGAAAGACACAAAAAUGAAACAAGAAACGAUUAUCCCCACAAAAGAGAACGGGAGCUUCUACUAUGGGCACUACGCCAACGGCCUCAAGCACAACGAGGGAAUGAUGUUGUACAGAAACGGGGACGUGUAUGUAGGCGGCUGGAAGUUUGGGAAGAAGAACGGAUGGGGAAGAUACACGUACAAAAAGUGCAAAAGCGUUCUGGAAGGACAUUGGGAAGACGGAUAUUUAACGCAAGGGAAAUGGAUCCUACCAAAUGGAAUGUACUUUGUGGGAAACUUUAAGAAUAAUAAGCCUUCCGGAGAUGGCGUCUGGGCAUUUGCGGACCGAACACAAUUAAAUGUUUUUUAUUAUGAAGUUAAACAAGUAAAUAUGAGAGAAUAUGAAAAUGAGAUAUGA